AUGGCACCCCUCGGCCAGACGAUCGCCGUGAUUGACAAGUCCGGCAAGGUCGUCAGCACGAGUAAACAACUAUUCGGCGUCUUCGCUCAGGCCAAAGCCGCAUACAAAGAGCGCAAGUCUCACUUCAACUCGGAGCGCAAUGCCAAGAUUGCAGAGCAACAGGCGCUGCGUGCUCUCGCCACCUACCAAAUCGACGAUGCACCCUCCGCAGCAGGGUCUCGACGAAGCCAUCGUAGCCGGUCACGGCAUCACUCGAGUCGCAGUCAACAUCCGCGGGCCUCGUCUCGCUAUGAGCAAGACUUGCAUUCGGCAACCGGGAGGCCCGAAUCUCACUAUGGCCCCGCAGAAGGUCUCCCUCGCCGGCAUACUCACCACGAUGUCACCGUCCGUGAACCGGCUCGUCCAGCUACCGCUCGUUCCAAAUCGGAUGCUCACAUCGACAUGGAUCUCGCAUACGGAGAGGCUCACCCAACAGCUUUAUCCAUGUACAAUCCCCCCGAGCCUGCCCAGAACGACAAACAGCAAAUGGAUGGCCUCGUUAGCCGUGCCCAGUGGCUGUUAGAAGAGGCCCACUGCGUUCAGCAUAGUGCAACAGCCACGAUCUCCCAUCUCCAGAAGAAUCCCGAUGCCAUGGCUGCUGUCGCUCUCACCCUCGCGGAGAUCAGCAACCUGGCCAGUAAAAUGGGCCCGGCCGCCCUAUCCGCCUUCAAGACCGCCGCGCCUACCGUCUGGGCCCUGCUCGCCAGCCCACAAUUCCUCAUCGCCGCCGGUGUCGGUCUUGGCGUGACUGUCGUCAUGUUCGGCGGCUACAAGAUCAUCAAGAAAAUCCAAGCGGGCGGCACAAGCGAGGGGGAGAAAGAAUCCACCGGCAUGGACGAAAUGAUGGAGUUUGAUGUCCAAGAAAUGAGUCGCGUCGAGAUGUGGCGCCGUGGCGUGGCCGACAUGGAAGCUGUCAGCGUCGGCACAUCCGUCGACGGCGAGUUUAUUACCCCCCGUGCUGCCGCCCUGUCCGGCAUUGAUGUUUCUACCGCCCGUGCCCAGAAAGACCCGCGCUUCAAAUUCAAUGACGACGGCUCUGUGGCAUCUUCUCGACGGUCUCGGCGUUCACGCGCUUCCCAGGCCACAUCCCAACCAGAAACAAGGCGUGGUCGCUCCAGAAGAGAGCCAGAGACUGCAUCUAAAGCCCCAUCGGGAUUGUUCACGCGAUCAUCGAAGCCAUCAAAUAAAGCGCCUAGUCGCGCACCAAGCCGGGCGCCAAGCAAGGCGCCGAGCAGAGCCCCAAGCAAUGCACCCUCCAGGACCGGCACACACGUGUCGGAGAAAGAGAAGCGCCCGAAGGAGAAGAAGAAGAAGGGCCCAAGCCGCUUGCGCCUAAUGUUCACCGCUUGA